ACAUACAAAAAUUAUUUAUAUGUUUUUUAAACCAAUCAGUUCUACAGUACAUCAUCCAUGCAAGUAGAUUGAUAAAUUUGUUUUUGCCGGCUUAGUGGUUAAACCGCAACUAACUUUACUCAAUUAGAUGCAUUUUUUGUAAAGUCGCGUUUGAUGUUUAAUUUGUAAUCGGCUGUGUAUAUAGUAAUAUAAAUAUUUACUUUGUUUAGGAUUAAGUAAACUGUGUUUGCCGUUAGAAUGGCAUUUCGCGAUAAUAAUUACCGGAAUGGUGAUGCACAAAAUUCUAGUGCUCAGCUUGACACUAGCCUUGAAAUGCAAACAUUUCCAGUUAUGGUGGUUCAGCCCAGGAAAUUGUGCUUUGCUACUCCUGAAAAAGAUCCAUCAAAACAUUUAAAGGAGAACGUGGAAGGACUUGCAUCACCGCCAUAUCGUAAGGUGCGUGCAUUACGUUUGUUCGACACACCUGCAACACCUAAAACAAUUUUGCAAAAGUCGGCGGUUAACAACUUGAAUUCUGAUAAUGUUAAAGUGCCUGCAAAUAAAAUGACUGAACGUCCACUCUGUCUGCCUGUGCAUCGUCGCACAAUCCAGCAUGUUCGUCCAAGCGCAAACAUUAAUCCGUUUACUCCCGAUGGGUUAAUGGCAUGUAAAAAGAAACGUUGUCGAACUCAGUCUGGUUUAAAUAACUCGGUAAAUACGUUCCUUAAUUCAGAAGCAGUAUGUGAUAAUGAUGAUGAGUCAAUGGACAUUGUGCAAGCACCAAAGCGAUUGGCGUUGCAAGACACAAAUAUUAGUCGCUAUCAAAAGGAGUUUAAUGAAAUAUCCGUUAUUGGUGUUGGCGAGUUUGGUUUAGUUUAUCAGUGCCUUAAUCGUUUAGAUGGAUGCGUUUAUGCUAUUAAAAAGAGUAUUAAACCCAUUGCGGGCAGCUUCUUUGAAAAACGAGCAUUAAAUGAAGUUUGGGCUCACGCUGUGUUAGGAAAGCACGAUAAUGUAGUUCGUUAUUAUUCAGCAUGGGCAGAAGAUAACCAUAUGCUUAUUCAGAAUGAAUACUGCAAUGGUGGUAGUCUGCAAUCAUUGAUACAAAAACGUUCACUUGUUGAAUCAGAGCUCAAAAUUUUACUCCUUCACGUUGCAGAAGGCUUACGUUAUAUACAUUCACAUGAUUUAGUGCACAUGGAUUUAAAGGCUGGUAACAUAUUUCUUGCAAAGGAACCAGUUUUGCAUAAAACGACUUUACCAUUACUGACUGAAGAAUGUUAUGAAAAUGGAAUGGAUGGUGUUUAUGCUGAAUUAAGUAAUACUGAAUGCAUUAUUACUUACAAAAUAGGAGACCUCGGCCAUGUCACAUCAAUUAAAGAGGCUAAUGUUGAAGAAGGCGAUUGCCGCUAUUUGCCCAACGAGAUUUUGCAAGAAAAUUUCACCAACCUUUUUAAAGCAGAUAUGUUUUCGUUAGGGAUAACCCUAUAUGAGGCUGCGGGAGGGGGUCCUCUGCCAAUGAAUGGACCAGAAUGGCACAAUUUACGUAAUGGAAAUGUUCCAUAUAUAUCAACAAUAAGUAAAGAAUUUAAUGACCUCAUCAAAUUAUUGACUCAUCCUGAUCCGGAGCAGCGUCCUUCGUCCACAUCUAUUUUUAAUAACCCAAUACUCAACUCAUUGGAAUCAAAAACAAAGGUUCAGCUUAGACAGGAACUAUUCAUUGAGAGGCAAAAAUAUGAAAUCUUGCUCAGAAAACUUCGAGAAGCUAAGAAGCAACUUAAAAUAACUGAGAACAAAUUGAAAAGCAUGAACCAAAGUUACCCUGCAGUAUUAGGAGAACAACGUUGCCUACGUUCUUUUUCUCAAAAGAAGCGAUCUCUUGGUUUAACCACUAGAACUGAACGUCUUCGUGAUCGAAACAAAAACCUGAUUAGUAAUAAUAACAAUAACAAUAUUAAAUGUUAAAAAAAUUAUUGAAUAUAUCCUUAGUUUUCAUGUUAGUUUGUUAUAUCUUUUAUAUCAAUUUUUAUGUCUCACGUAACACAAAAAAAAAUAGUACAAUAAUCUAUAAAAUACUCAAUUUAUAGCAUAGAUAAACAAAGUUAAACAAACAUAUCGAAUAUUUUUAUAUUUGUAUUCUACUCAUAUUAAAACAAUUUU